CUGAUGCUUUUUGUCAUUUGAACCCACAGUUCUAUUGUCAGAACAAUGAGUACAACGACCUGGCAACCUUAUUCUUCAACACUCAGGAUGAUGCUAUAAGAAACUUAUUUAGUGCAAAUACACUCCAUGAGUUCAGUGCACAAAGCCUUCUUACUUAUCUGUUUUGAACGGUGAAAGCAGCAAUGCACCAAAGGGUCUAACAGAUACCGUCUCUCAAUUAGUUACGUAGGUAAGGUUGCGAUCUUGACCCCAGACCCCAACAGAGUUGGGGUUAUACAGGGCUUCUUGUAGUAGUUGUAGUAGUAUUAUGAGAAGAGGCACAAACAAUCUUCUAUAAGCUGUUGGGGUAGGGCACAAUAUGUUUUUCUUUAUGAAAUUGAUAUUGUCAUAUUUCUCAGGUAAUGUUUUACACGUUAGCAGUUGUGACUUUUGGCACUGCUGUUCCAGCUGGUCAAUUUGUUCCUGGAAUAAUGAUAGGUUCGACUUAUGGGCGUCUGAUUGGCAUGUUUGUUGUUAGAUUUUACAGGAAACUUGAUAUUGAAGAAGGAACGUAUGCUCUGUUGGGUGCUGCUUCUUUUCUAGGAGGAUCAAUGCGGAUGACUGUGUCUCUUUGUGUCAUAAUGGUCGAAAUUUCGAACAAUUUGAAGUUUUUGCCUCUGAUCAUGCUUGUUCUGCUCAUCUCAAAGGCUGUUGGUGAUGCCUUCAAUGAAGGACUUUAUGAAGAACAGGCUAAAUUAAGAGGCAUUCCGUUACUUGAGUCGAAACCAAAGCAUCAAAUGCAUUAUAUGACAGUAAAGGAGGUCUCUAGGAAUCAAAAGGUUGUCUACUUCCCCCGUAUUGUGAAGGUGGCAGAUAUUGUUUCAAUCUUGCAAAGCAAUAGGCAUAAUGGCUUCCCUGUUAUUGAUCAUUCAAGGAAUGGGGAGACACUCGUCAUUGGACUCAUAUUACGAAGUCAUUUACUGGUACUUCUUCAAUCCAAAGUUGAUUUCCAACAUAACCCUUUGCCCUGUGGUGUGAGAGAUGGUUCUUUACCAAUCAGGCACAAUCUCAGUGAGUUUGUGAAACCCGUCUCUAGCAAAGGAUUAUCUAUGGAUGAUAUUCAUCUUACUCAGGAUGAUAUGUCAAUGUUCAUUGACCUGGCUCCUUAUACAAACCCUUCUCCAUACAUUGUGCCCGAGGACAUGUCGUUGAGUAAGGUAUAUAAUCUGUUUCGCCAAUUGGGACUACGGCAUAUACUUGUUGUUCCACAUGCUUCUCGCGUCGUUGGGUUGAUUACGCGUAAAGACCUGCUACUGGAGGAUACUGAUGAUGACGACUCAGCCCCAGUAGAGCUCCACCCCACUAUUGUAAGGGGUCGGCAAGCUAACAAGAUACCCAUUACUAGUAACGCAGAUGUCGGACAACCGCUGCUUGAUGGGCUCCUUUAAACUCUAGGCCACUGAUCUCUUCCCAUUCACUGCAAAUUAUUCACUGAGGCCAGUUUUCGCCAUCUCCCUCAAAAUUUUGGGCUUGAGAUAAACUUAUCUUCUGUUCUAUUAGUGCAUGAUGGAUGUAUGAGUCACUGAGGUUAUACCUAGGAACACUGUACACUACACUCCAGUUCACCUUAGGUUUUAGACUCACUUUCUGAACUAUAUGAAGGGCUUGAAAACCAAGCAUUAUUUUUAUUAAAGUGUGUUAUACUCCGUAUUAUACACCAACUUUUGUUGUGUUUUUUUUAUACAUGAGACAACCAUACAAGUGUACAACUAUUGUUACGGUUCCCUAGCAUGUUAAAAGCCCCGUUCUUGUUGUUUUAUACUCCCUCUGUCUGAAAUAAGAUCUCAUAUUGGAA